UUUUGUUCUCAUAAGUGCAAAUUCAAAAUUUUGUAAUAAAAAUCCAAUAAAGAAAUAUUUUAAUAUUCUCUACAAUUUCUGAAAUCUUUUCAAUGCAAUAUGUCAGACGACACCGAUUCCGAUACUGAGUUAGAGGAAAAUUAUUACACAUUUCUAAAUUUACCCAAAGAUGCUACGGCAGAGCAAAUCAAUGCCGCUUACCGUAAACUUAGCCGGAUUUAUCAUCCGGACAAGCAUAUGGAAGGAGAAAAUAAGCAUAAAGCUGAAAUGCUAUUUAAUCGUACCAAAAAAGCUUAUGAAGUGCUGUCCGAUCCUCAUAAGCGUGCAAUUUACGAUUCGGUAGGAGAGAAGGGUUUACGCACAGAUGGCUGGGAGUUAGUGCAUCGUACAAAAACACCGGCCGAAAUACGUGAAGAAUAUCAAAGAUUGGCUGAAGCAGCGGAAGACCGUAAAUUAUUGCAAAGUACCAAUCCCCGUGGUAAUGUUACAAUAAGUGUGAAUGCCACGGAGGUGUUUUCGCCAUACGACGACAGUGAAAUGCCGAUUGUGGAAGUCUCCUCCAUGAGCAUAUCACAAUCGAUCGAAGCUCCUAUUACAAGACGAGAUACGGUAAUAAUGAGUGGCAAUCUAUUAUCAACAAAUGGUAACGGCUCGGGAGGAUUCGUAGUUUGUGGUCGUAGACUACUUAACAAGGGAUGGCUGGAACUAGAUUUAGGUGCUGGCAAUGGUUUACUUAUGGCAGCGAAAGGCGGCCGUACUUUGUCUCCAGUUUUAUCAGUGACCGGUGGCACUUCGUUAAAUUUCAGGGAGCACGGUGUCUUACCUGCUUUAUUUUCUACUUUAUCUGUACAAUUGGACAAACAUACAAUUGGCUCAUUGACUUUGAAUGCUAGUUCACAAUCAGCCAUGACAACGCAAAUUGAUCGAAGCAAUGAUAAAUGUGCUUGGUCAACAUCAUUUGUCAUUGGGAGUCCGCAUAUCUAUUUUAGCAUUGCUUAUACGCAUAAAAUGAUUGAGAACGAAUUGAAAUUGAAGGUGGCUGCUAAAGUAGGCACUUUCGGUUUCUUAGCUGAAUACGGAGCCGAAAAAAAGGUAUCUAAAUAUAGCUCUGUAUUGGCGGCAGUAUCGAUCGGUGUGCCAACUGGUGUUAUACUCAAGUUCAAAAUUGUACGUUCACAGCAGACUUAUGUGUUUCCUAUACAUUUAAGUGAAGAUAUUGUGCCCGCUGCUGUGUUCUAUGCUACGGUAACCCCAGUGAUAGUGUGGUUUCUUGUUAAAAAAUCCAUAAUUGAUCCGAUGCUAGCCGAACGUAAAAAUAUUGAAAAUGAAAAAAUUAAACGCAACAAUGAACAGCGCAUGAAUUUACGACGUCAAGAAGCCGCUGCAGCUAUAGAUCUAAUGACACACACAUAUGAGCGGAUUGUUAACGAGGAAAUUGAACGUGGAGGUAUAAUCAUAGCACAUGCAACCUAUGGUUGCUUAGAGAAGAAUGGCAAUUUCCGUGCAGAUGCCUGUAUAGAUGUUAAAAUACCUUUGCAAUGUUUAGUAAAAGACGGCAGUCUUAUAUUGUACAACUCUUCAAAGAGUGAUCUGCCAGGUUUUUAUGAUCCUUGCAUUGGUGAGAACAAAGUGUUGCGUUUUGAAUAUCUCUACAAUAAUCGGCCCAAUUUAGUGGAGAUUCAAGAUGUAGACGGCGUACGACUGCCACGAUAACGUCUUUCCAUAGAGUUUUGUUUGUUUUUUCUCUUGGAUACCGAACCACUUGUUGAAGAGGGCUUAAAUUCUUAGUG